UCUCGUCCUCAAUCCAGAGAAGGCGAAGCAGCUGAGCCAAAGGCUGUUGGUGGCUUCAAGCAUUCAACUGAUAAGCCAAUAUUUUCUCUACGUCUGUAGCCAUGUGUUCAUUAUUUUUUUCGAUUAUGCCCUUGAGGCCUUGACUCAGUACUAAUUACAAGACAAGAGGCCUCUCAACCUUUGUGUGAAGGAUAAACGGAGAAUUUCCCGAUAAUAAAAAAAAAAGGAAAAAAAGAAAAACGCAAGACAGAGAGUGAGGCGAGGUUUGUGGGCAAGCCCAGCGCAUUACAAACGGCUAUAAUUGAGGCAGUGGAGGAGAGAGAAGGAGGCCGAGUCACAGAAAAAAAAUCUUUUUACGCUAUUUAUUCACAGAAAGAUUUGAUUUUGCGGAGCGAGUGCCAGCGAAAUUGAGGGGAAAUCUGAUAAAAUAGGGAUUUUGAGGAAGAAAGAGAAGGGGGGAGGCUGGUGGGCCGGGGAUCGCCGGGUGGGAAAGCGUCGGAAACCCGCGCGUGAUCCGAUCUGCGCACCAGGCCAGUUCGUUCUGUUGUUGAAGAGGAGAAGAGAUUGUUACUGACUUAGGAACUGGAGGAAGGGUUUCGCGAUGCAGGAAGGAGGCUAUUACAAUUCGAAGAAGACGGAUGAUAUCUGCCAAGACGUUUGUGGCCCACAGGCUUCUAGGGCGGCUUUGAGCAUGUCCCGUCUGCGUUGCAUCCUUCGUGGAUUUGAUCACAAGGCUCUUCUUCUUCUAUUUGUUGGCUUACCGCUCUUCAUCUUUGGCAUCUAUUUGCAUGGCCAGAAGAUCACUUACUUCCUCCGACCGCUCUGGGAGUCUCCUCCUAAACCCUUCAAUAUUAUUCCACACUACUAUCAUGAGAAUGUUUCCAUGGAGAACCUAUGCAAACUACAUGGUUGGGGUAUUAGGGAUACUCCAAGGCGUGUCUUUGAUGCUGUGCUCUUCAGCAAUGAAGUAGACAUCCUUGAGAUUCGUUGGAAUGAGCUUCACCCUUUUGUUUCAGAGUUUGUUCUUCUGGAAUCCAAUUCCACAUUCACUGGACAAGUAAAGCCCUUGUUCUUUGCUCAGAACCGAGAAAAGUUCAAGUUUGUGGAGUCCAGGCUCACUUAUGGUGUGGUUGGUGGAAGAUUUGUCAAGGGAGAGAAUCCUUUUGUUGAGGAAUCUUACCAGAGAGUGGCUCUGGAUCAGCUAAUAAGGAUAGCAGGCAUCAAUGAAGAUGAUUUGUUGAUCAUGUCGGAUGUUGAUGAGAUCCCUAGUGGCCACACAAUCAACCUUUUGAGAUGGUGUGAUGACAUUCCUCAUAAACUUCAUCUGGAGCUCAGAAACUAUCUUUAUUCAUUCCAAUUCUAUCUUGAUAAUAGGAGCUGGAGGGCCUCAGUGCAUAGAUACAAGCCUGGAAAGACAAGAUAUGCUCAUUUUCGCCAGACCGAUGAUUUGUUAGCAGAUUCAGGAUGGCAUUGUAGCUUCUGCUUCCGCCGCAUUAGUGAAUUUGUAUUCAAGAUGAAGGCAUACAGCCAUGUUGACCGUGUGAGAUUUUCUUACUUCCUUAAGCCUUCAAGGAUUCAGGAUGUGAUUUGCCGAGGGGCGGAUCUUUUUGACAUGCUACCAGAGGAGUAUACAUUCCAGGAGAUCAUUGCUAAGAUGGGUCCCAUUCCAAGUUCUUACUCAGCUGUUCAUCUUCCUGGGCAUCUACUUCAGAAUGUCGACAAGUACAUGUACCUUCUUCCCGGGAAUUGCCUGAGAGAGAGUGGCUGAAUACUUUACCUUCUGUAGAAUAUUUUUUCUUACCAACUUACAGAACAAACUAUUGAAAAACUGGGAGAUGAUAAUGAUUCUUCUGAGGGAAGCUUGCAAGCAGGGGUGAGUACUUUGGUUUGUAAUGAUUACAUCUUGAGUUAUAUUUGAAAAAUUGAGUAUAUCAUGUGAUGCUUGCGAGGAGCAUUUUCAAUAGUUCCAGCUGCUCUAAGGGUUUAUGACCGGGAAGUUGUUAUUUCUUCUCCCUUUCUUUCCUCACUCAGUAUGAUGUAGACUUGUGGAGUGCAAGUCAAAUGAAAUUUCUGAAUUUUGCAACAUGGUGAUUUAGUACUUCUUAAAAACUGAUUAAUUCUUGUAUUCUUGUUCAAACUUCCUUGAUCGUCCAUCAACACCUACAUUUUGCCUUGU